AUGGUGGAAAUCAGUUUUGAUCUACCACUUUUAUUAAUUUAUCACUAUCGAAUUGUUGGGAUUUUGUCGUUUUUCGUCAAUUUUUUGGCACUUUUUUUGAUUUUGACGAGGAGUGGAAGAAUGAACAGUUUUCGAUAUUAUUUGAUGUAUUUUCAGGUGGGAUUCUGAAAUUGAAUUUGAAAAUUGAAUUUGAUUUGAAAAAAACUUCGCAUUAACUGUGAAAAACAUGGAUUUCUGAUAUUUCUUGGGCCAAAAACUAGACAUGUGAAAAAAAACGUGAGACAUAAAAACCAUGUGAUUUGUCUGAAUCCAAAAACCAAUACACAGAUUUCCUAGGCGCUGAAGUUUGAUCUAACACAAAACUCGGUGGGAAUUCCAGAAGGGCUGAUUCACGAACGAAAAAAAUGUUAAAAAAUGUUUUUUUAACAUCGAAAGAUCAAUUCACGAAAAGUCGAAAAAUGUCGAAAAAACAUUGUAGGUCAAAAUUAGUUUUUCUAGUUUUUCAGCCAAAAAAUGAUGACAAAUCGAUAUUUUUUAAGCUUCUGAUGAAAAUAAGCUUCGAGAACCCUAUUUUGCUUUAUUUUAUGAAUUUUUUUCGAAAAUUAUCAAAAUUUAAAAAUUUUUUAUUUCACGAAAAAUCAGCAAAAUCUUCUGGAAAGUGAAUUCCAAGGUCAAUUUUAUUCAGAAAUCCCACCAGAAGCUUGAAAAAUAUCGAUUUGUCAUCAUUUUUGGCUGAAAAACUCGAAAAACUAAUUUUGACCUACAAUGUUUUUUCGACAUUUUUUGACUUUUCGUGAAUUGAUCUUUCAAUGUUAAAAAAACAUUUUUUUCGUUCGUGAAUCAGCCCUAGAGAAAUUCAAAUUCUAGUCUAAAUUCUCAAAUUUUUGACGAUAGCUUCGCCAUUAGCGAUAAACACACACAAACCGCCGCCUAUAUACGUUUUGUUGUGUGCGACGGCUCGCGGGUUUUGCGUGGUAACCUCAUGUGUGUGCGAAAGGGGCGGGGCUUGUUUUUUAUUUUUUCGAAAAUUCGCGUUUUCGAUGUUUUUGAAUGAAAAUGUUUAAAAAAAGAAAAUUCCUUGCAUAUUUUUUUUACGUUUCAAAAAUUCUUUAAUUUAGAUUUUCAAGAAAUGAUUUCAAUUUUAGGGUUCUCUAUUCAAAUUUCCUACGAAAAAGUGUAUUUUUUCCAGAUUUCCUGUAUAAUACUCGAUAUCCAGCUCACAUUUUUCAUGCAACCUUGCCCACUUUUUCCACUAAUCGCUGGAUUUUCCAAUGGAGUUCUCUCAACUCAUCUCAACAUUUCCUCACAUAUUCUAAUGUGUAUAUUAUUUCUUUUCAUUAAUAUUCAACUUCAUUCUCUAACUGUUUGUUUCAUCAAAAAACAUCAAACUAUAAUUCAAAUUGGCGCGAAAAAUGCUUUUUAUUUUGCUGAAAUUGGAGUUACUUUAGUCUGCUAUUUUUGGCCUUUUUUUGUUGCGAUCAUAUUUUAUUUGUCGGAAUUGGAUAAGGAUGAGCAAUUGAGACGGAUUGGAGAGGUUUGAUUUUUUUUCGAUGGGAAAAAUUUACUGUUUCAAAAAUUUUAUUUAUUAAAUUUUCAAUUAUUAUUAGCCAAUACGAAUUCGGUUCUAAAAUUCUCGAAAACUUACGUUUCAAAAUUUUUGUAUUAUUUUUUCUUGAAAAAUUAAAUUGAUGGAAAGUUUUUGUCAUAUUUCCAACAAAAAAAAUUUUCAAAAAAAAAACUCUGGUUUCGAUUUUUCCCAUGUCCUAACCCAAAAUGUUUUUUUCUCCAGAAAUACCCCUCCCUAAUCCCCGGCUUCUUAUCCCUGCGCGAAUUUCAAUACUACGAUUUAUCCGGUUCAUUUAUUCUCGUAUUCCUCUUCAUCACCUUCGGCUAUAUAUUUGCCAUAACUCUAAUUCCAAUCCUCUCCUACAACAUGCUCCAAAUUCUCAACAAAAACAGUCUUCGUAUGUCAAAAUCAUCAAUUUCCAAGCAUAAAUCAGCCAUAAAAUCCUUAAUUGCUCAAUUUCUAACGUGUCCAAUUGCUCUACUUCCAAAUCUUGGAGUUAUGAUAAUUCUGGCUUUGGAGCUCAGUUUUGCUCAACAACUUGGCGUCUAUUUUCUAAUGAUUAUGACGUUGCACUCAUUUAUCAAUUCGAUUGUUAUGAUUUUCAGUUAUCCCGAUUAUCGAAAUGCCGUGUAUUUCUGUUUUCGAGAUCGAAGGAAGAAAAGUAGUGUUUUGGUGACUACAGCUUCAUUGAACUGA